ACUCAUUAUUAUCAAGCGCUCUAUGCAUGGCUCCUCUGCCUUGGUUGCAACAGUUAUUGAUAAUGUUGUUCCUUAAAUAACUCUUUUAAGAAUAGGAAAACGUUGGUCUUUAACUUUUUUCCCUUUAGUAUUGUAUAACCAUUGCAAACAUUUCGCUAUGAUUAUCAUAGAAGAAGGUCAGCUGGAGCAGUUCGUAAAAGAACUUGAUGCGCUGAAACCGCAGUCGUUUCCGAUUUUCAAGCUUGCCGAAAACCAUUUACUAAAAAAUUCGUUUGCCUGGCCCGGAAUUCAGUUUGUUGUUGAUCGAUUUCCAAAUUUCACGGCAUGUAUAGUAGGCCCGAAACCUGACACAGAGGAUUACGUGCCGCGGUGGGAACAUUAUGUCUACAAUGCUUUAGCUACGAACCUGGAUAAUUUCAAACAACUGAUAGAAGAACCAGGAUUUAUUAACUGGGAUCGCGCUUGCUAUUUUGAGGAGAUACCGGCAAAUCUUCUUGAAAUAUUAGAAGAAGUUUUCGACAGACAUGGCGAAACCAUUGGACCGAAACAGCGGGCGGAUCUGACCACCACAGGAUGGACUGCCAAACCGGCUGACGUAGUCGCAGCGUUGAAGAGAAUGCCACCAGGAUUCACAGUUCGGCCGCUAGCUCGCGAAGAGAUGAAAGUGGUACAUGAUUUGUGGGAUUAUGGUGGUCGCUCACCGGAAACCCUGAAAUACUUGUAUUACCUGUAUGAUCACCACUUCCCAUCCACCGGUAUAUAUACGGAUGAUAACAAACUGAUUGGCUUCAACAUUACCGGCGAUGAUAUGUCGCUGGGCGCUGGCUACAUGCUACCGGAAUAUCGCGGACGCGGACUGCAUAAUCUUGUCGGGGCCGGUAUCUGUCGACAGAUGAUGGAUAUUGGACAGGAAACGGUAUUUGCCUUUGUCUACGAGGGCAACACAGCAUCCCAGAAGUCCGCCACAAAGGGGGGCGCCAUGAAAGACGAUACCUGGAAACUGGUGUACGUGCUGUACAAACCGAAGGUGGUGGCCGCCGACGAUGGAAUGAUUAAAUGGUUCAAUGAUUAUCUGCGUUUUACAGGACAGGAAUUAUUAAAAGUUUAACCAGAUCUAAUGGUAAAUAUCAUGAUGUGAAGAAAACAGAGCUUUUGUCUAGCUGUACUGUGUACAGUACGCAUAGGCUAUGCGUACAUAUUGUACAUACAAUAGCUAUGCGGCAUAGGUCUAUAGUGGUUAAUUAAACUCACAUACGUAACACAUUUCGCUGACU